AUGUGGAACACUACUCGAGCCGCCUUCGCGGUGGUGUUUCUCGCGUCGCUUGCGACUGCACUUGCGCACGGGGAUGACGAGAUGGAUAUGAAUAUGGAUAUGGAAAUGGGUAUGCAUCCUAGUGCGACUACAGCAACAGCUACAGCGACUCCGUCGGCAUCUGGUGCGAAUGACCCGAUGAGCUACUUUGCCUAUGGGAAACACUCUAGCUCCAUCAUCGCGCAUAUCGCGUUGAUGGUGCUGGGUUGGUGCUUCGUUCUUCCUGCAGCUGUUAUGCUCAGCAUUGCGCGUUCACGAUUUGCCCUUCCGUCGCAAUUCUUGUUCCUGGUUUUCAAUGCCUUCGGAGUCCUUCUCGGUAUCGUCUAUAAUAACCAGACCCCCGAUCUUUAUGAGAAUAAUGCGCAUCACAAGAUUGGUUGGAUCGGUACUUGGGUGUUCAGUGCCCAGGCCGUCUUAGCCCUCAUCUUUGCCUACGCCGGACGUGGUGAAUCCAAGUCGUCUUCGGCUUCAUAUGAGCGUGCGACUUUCCUGCCUAUCCCCACACACCAGGGGCGCUCAUUCCCGUCUGGCCCGUUGCAUGAAUACCGCUGGUCUGGAGAUAGUGGUCAGGGGACGGAGCCUACCUCGUCCAUUCACAGCCCGGGAUCUCCGUGCGACUCGCCUGAAGAUUAUGAUAGUUUCGAGAAGCCCGAAGAUCCCUUGCCUGCGGAACUCCCUGCCCGGGGCUGGUUUCACCGCAGCAUGGCGGGUCGGUUCUUGUCGAGUCGUCUGCCGGGGAUGGUUUCCAACCGAGCGCUCCGGAUCUGCAAUACUGUAUACAACGUGAUUGACCGGAUCAUUCUUCCGUUCGGAUUCAUUGCUAUUGCGACUGGUGCGGUGGCAUACGGUGGUAUCAUGAGAAAGAAGGAAAUCUUUAAUGGCUUGGCCCAUUUCAUUAAGGGUGGAAUCUUCUUCUGGUAUGGAAUUCUCACCCUGGGACGCUUUAUGGGUUGCUGGGCCGACCUGGGCUGGGCGUGGAAUAAGAAGCCCAUGGCGCCGAUUGUUAACCGAUGGAAGGCCAAGGUCCCAUCGGGAGAAUUUGUGGAGUCGUUUGUUAUCUUCCUCUAUGGCGUGUCGAAUGUGUUCCUGGAGCAUCUCUCCAGCUGGGGCGGUGCCUGGGGUCCGGCAGACUUGGAGCAUGUUUCGAUCUCGAUCAUGUUCUUUGGAGGUGGCCUGUUGGGCAUGCUUUUUGAGUCUAAGCGCAUUCGCGAAGCCCUCAACAUGACCAUCCUUCGGUCACCCACUCACGGUACUCGUGACGAGGGAUGGCAGCUUCCCAGAUCUCAAGGCGUAUCACUCAACCCGAUGCCUGCACUUAUUAUUUUGCUGCUCGGUAUGAUGAUGGGAUCACACCAUCAAACUAGCAUGACCUCGACUAUGGUGCACAAGCAGUGGGGCAACAUGCUCGUUGGUUUCGCCUUGGCCCGCGGCAUGACCUAUGUGUUGCUAUUCCUGCGUCCUCCUACAUCCUAUCUCCCCGCUCGCCCACCAACGGAGAUCGUUGCCUCAUUCUGCUUGAUGGCGGGAGGUCUUAUUUUCAUGCUCAGCACUCGGAACGUGAUCGAAUCCAUGGAAUACUAUGAAAUGGAUGCCAUGUUCACUUUCACAGUAGGCAUGGGAUUCACGGCCUUUAUUAUGGCUCUCGAGGUUUUGUUCAUUACGCUUAAAGCAUGGGCUAUGAAGCGGGAGCAGCCCUCGCAGGUUACUUUUCACUUCCCAUGA